ACAGGUUAUGGAAAUAUCAUGGUGAUUAAUACUACUGGAGCCUCGAUGCAAACGGCUAAGCAGGACGGGCUAAAAAAAUCAGGUGUGAGUGCAUCACAAGAGAUGGCAAACACGGAUCUGGACGAAAUGGAAAGAUAUAGGGGUACAAUCAACAGAGUGGGAGCAAAAUAUGGAAUCGCUGCAGCUCUCAUUGCUGCCAUCAUCUCCAGAGAGCCCAGGGCUGGAAAAGGCUUAGUGGGUGGCUGGGGAGACCACGGCAAAGCCUGGGGACUGAUGCAGGUUGAUGUCAAUCCAAAAGGAGGCGGACACACUGCACGUGGUAGCUGGGACAGUGAGGAACACCUCUGCCAAGCCAUUGAGAUCUUGGUUCAUUUUAUCAAGCUUAUCCGCAACAAAUUUCCCAGCUGGAGGCAGGACCAGCAGCUGAAAGGAGGUAUAGCGGCCUACAAUAUGAGGGAUGGAAACGUCCAUUCCAUUGAACAUGUGGAUGAAAAUACGACAGGAAGAGACUACUCCAAUGAUGUGGUUGCCAGAGCGCAGUGGUACCACAAACGAAGAGGCUAUUGAAACCUGGAGCCGUCC